AGUGGAUAUGCUAAGACCCUCGAUAGACAGGGAAUCUCUCCUUUAUGAGUACUUGUUGUGUUUUACUAUUAAUUUUUUUUUCUUUUUCUCUCCUUCCCGGUCCAAUCUGGCCAUGCAACCACCCAGCUAAGGUAGCUCCGUAUCCCACAUACCAGAUGGUCUGUGUCUGGAUUAUAAUCCAACACAGUACGGAUUCCGUGCCAUACCUACGCAAAGCCAAUCCUCCCCCCCUAGCUUUCCUAUCUUCUUCUCGGCGCCCUCGCCCUCGUGUCCCACGGUUCCAAGAGAAAACCUCCUCUCCUCUCUCAACAUUCCUCUCGUUUUCCCUUCGUAUUCCUAGGGACCUUCCUCUCGUUUUAAUAAGUCUCGGUCACCCGACUGAUCUUUUUUUGCCUCUCUACUUCUUCGUCCGCCUCCGUCCGGACCCUAAUACUUGCUCUGCCGUACACUGGAUUUAAUACUGCCGUCGCCCUACUUAUAAUCUACGUACUUGAUAAUAGGAAGCCCGAUACUCCGUCCUCAGCCUAUACACCGGCAAUCUUCCAGUAGCCAUCUAGUACUUAAUAUCAUUCACAUACACCACGAUGCCUUCGUUAAGAAAUACCUUGGCUGCGGCUGUUGCUUUGAUUGCUUCCGUCCGCGGCGACUAUGACAUCGAUCCGAGCUCGGUCUCCCUGACGAUCAGGAAGCGAGAUCAGCACCUGCCCGCUGAUUUGCCAACAGACGACCUCGGAGCCGACC